AUGUCCACCUCGCCCGCCGUGCCGGGCGGUUCACCCGCAUCGCUACGCAGUAGCAGUGGUGGUCGAAAAGGUCGAGAGGGCAGUCUACCGGCUGUCACGCCCAUCAUGGAGGAUAUGGACGGCGAGAUAGCAGCCUCAGGCAACGACACGGGUAACAGUGGGAGUGGAAGUGGCAGCGAUGAGCAGGAGGAAUUUGAAUAUGGACUGGAAGGCACGCCUGGCGAGACAUUGAGCGACAGCGAUGUCGUGCCCCCGAUGAGCUCGCGGCAUUUCUCGCCCCCGACAUUGACCAGCACCAUGUCGAGUACAGCAGUCGAGGACAGCAUCACGCCACUCAGUGCCAUGUCGGGCUACCAGUGGACACCAGCGACCACCGUCCGGAGCAGUACGGGUAGCAUGAACAGCAGGACCUACGACAGCAUGCCGACUAGUGCGCGACCACCAUACGGCCCUCCACAUCCCCACAUCAUCACGAAUGGUCUGCAUAGCUCGCAGCAACGACCGGUUCGACCGAGUAAUUCUCGGACGCCCAGUAAUGCAUACAACCCGGCUCGUCGACCGCACCAGUGGAGCAUGAACAGCUCCUCAUCGAGAAGGAACACCUCGACCAACAGGAACAGACGUGGCAUGCGGAACCCAGAUAGCGACUAUCGCGCUCAAGAGAAGGCUUAUGUGCAACGAAUCCAGCAGAUAGGACCCGACAAUGACUUUUACAGCGACUCUCAGACGCCCAGUCUCGACUACAGUGAUGAGACGCCGAGCGAAGGUGACGAAGAAAGCCCGACGAGCAAUGCACAUGCCGAUAGUGACCCGCACGACCAGGAAAUGCUCCUGUACUACGGAAAUGAGGACAUGGAACCGUCAGUGGAGGAGCUCAGAAUACCCGCGAAUAGAGAACGGCUCGAGUGGCAUGCUAUGUUGGCUAACGUCUUGACUGGAGAUGUGGUCAAGCAAGAGAAGAAACGUCUGAUUGGUGGUCCGGAUCAAGGAGGCGAGAACACUAUGAAGUCUGAGAUCUGGCUGGGCGUUCGAGCAAAGUGCUGCGGUCGGUCUCUCGUAGCACAGCGGCGCCUGAUCGAAGAUGGGAGGUCGAAGGUCAAGGGUGCUAUCGAAGCAAUAGUAGCAUUCGAGAUCAAGGGCGAAGCCGAGGUUGGGCAGAGUCCACUUGAGCAGGUGCAAGAGAUAGUCAAGAAGAUCGAGAAGACGGAGAGCUUGUACCCGACUCGCGAUGCCUUCGAGACUGCUGAGCCGCGUGCUGCGUCACCAUCGUACAGAGAGACGUGCGACGCUGUGCUUGCAUGGCAUAACACCACCGAGCUGAUCAACACCGAGCUCGGUAUUCUGCAGACGUGGGUUGGCAAUGUCGAGCUUGACUUUACUAAGCCACGAUCACGUCCUGCUACCGAGGGUCAAUCUGGCCAACUGUUUGACGACAGCAGUUUCAUUGAGCGGAUACUAAAGGAGGACGGUCUGAAGAGUUUGCAGGGCGACAAUAACUUGCUCAACGGUGUAAACAAUGUCAUACAGAAGGCGAAGACCACGCUCAUUCACAACGCCGAAUCCUUUGCGGAUCGACAUCUGCCACCUUACAUUGAGGAGCUUCUUACUCUUAUCAACUUCCCGAGCAGGCUCAUACAAGAGAUCAUCCGUAUGCGGCUCAGCUACGCCAAGAAGAUGAAAGAUCCAGCACAGCAAGGCGUCAUGAUGGCCGAGCAAAUGAUCUUGCAAUUCCAGAUCCUGCUCAAGCUCGCGGUCCGUAUCAAGGAAAGCUACCUGUUCAUCAGUCAGCCCGAACCUGGUUGGGACCUACCAUCCUGCAUCGACGAAGGGUUCGAUGGCGUCGUACUGGACGCGCUAAAGUUCUACUUUCGCAUGCUCAAUUGGAAAUUGAUGGCCAACAAAAACACCUUCAAGGAAGCCGAAAUCCUAGAGCAAGAGUGGGACUUUAGUAAUGAGCUCGGUCGACACCUGGACGGCGGUGACGUGGAAGUUGCGGAGCAGUUCAGCUCGCUCACGAGCAAGUCCUUGGCUCGUCUGACAUCGCACUUCGAAAAGGAGCUGCAGCGACGACCGGAUGAGAUUGCUGGGACGGAGAUGGAUAAGAGGUAUAAAGCCAUUCUUGACUCGGUACGUGUGAGGCAGCGGAAGAUAUUCCGUUUCGGCAGGAUUCUGUCGCAGAGGUUUGAGAAUGCGACGGAGUAUAAUCUCAACAUCGACUGGGAGCAUCAUCAGGAACUCCUGGAUGCGCUGAUGGUUUCUGGGCAUGUUCUGGUGGAGACUUCGGGGUCUGCAGAGGGUUCUGCCGCUGCCGGUGAAAAGAGUGAUAAGGCCGCUGGCAAGGGCGCAGGUAUCUAUGUGAUUGCAAGUCCGAGUUUGAUUGAUAGGCCGAAGGACAUUCAGAGUAUGCUGGGCACAUGCUAUCAUGCUGAGGAUGGACCGGAGGACCCGGAGAAUCCCUAUCUGCUGAUCCUUAAGCCGGAGAAUCCAUUGCGAUGGGAUGGACAAGUCAUGGAGUCUGUGCCUGGUCAGGUUAUACGACAGCCGUUGCUUGGUCUGAAGGUGGGACGACUGCGCCUGGUAACGGAUGGUAGCCUGGAGCGACUGGCGCAGGCUAAUGAGCGCUUCAUGUCCGUCUGCAAUGGCAUUGAGCUGUCUAUGCUGGUCGAGCAGCGUGCCAAUCUACAAGGUGUCUUCUCGGAGCUGGUCAAGAUCCGCAAAACUGCUUACAAGUUGUCAAACACCAUCAUGGACAGUGUCGAGAUCGUGCGAAAGCAGACGCAAGGACUGCAAUGCCAGGAACUCAUCCAGACAUGUUUUGCCUUUGCCACGGAAUUUGGACAGCGAUCGGCCAUUUACUUUGAUCAGCAGCGUCGUGCUAUGCAUCAGCUUAAGCUCACACAUUUGGCGCUCGAUUGGGUCAGCUUCAUCUGUGAUGAUUGUGUUGCUAGCGACAAGAAGACUUUCAGAUGGGCGGUUGUGGCUUUGGAGUUUGCUAUGAUGAUGACGAGAGGACAGAAUAUCUUGUCCAUCUCAGAAGACGAAUAUGCUACUUUACGAUCGAAGGUGGCCGUGUGCAUGGCAUUGCUGAUCAGCCAUUUCGAUAUCAUGGGCGCAAGAAGCACCGUUGCCGCCCAAGCCGAGAAACAGCGCAUCGAGAUGUCUGGUAAGGGCACCAAGAUGAACCUGAGCAGUCUGAAGGACGACGAGGAGAGUAUUAGAGUCGUGAGAAUGCAAUGGAUCGAAGAGCUCGAGAACAUUGACCAAUUCCGCCGAGAUCGCGAGGCAGAACGACAAGCUCUAGGAAGAGUUUUGGAGGACAGCAACGAGGCAGAUCGUGCCCUGACGCAACUUAGUGGGAGCGCGGGCAACGUGCAUCUCCGAUGGCAACAAGGACAAUUCAUCGGAGGCGGCACUUUCGGCACGGUCUAUGUUGGCAUCAAUCUUGACUCUACCCAGCUUAUGGCUGUCAAGGAGAUUCGACUCCAGGAUCCGAAGUUGAUUCCGACUAUCGUCAGUCAGAUUCGGGAUGAGAUGAGGGUCCUUUCUGUCCUCGAUCAUCCCAAUGUGGUGCAAUAUUUUGGGAUCGAGCCGCAUCGAGAUAAGGUGUACAUCUUCAUGGAAUACUGCUCUGGUGGCUCACUCGCUUCAUUGCUCGAACAUGGACGCAUCGAGGACGAAACAGUCAUACAAGUCUACGCCCUUCAGCUCCUUGAAGGUCUCGGCUACCUCCACGAAGCCAACGUUGUACAUCGUGAUAUCAAACCCGAGAACAUCCUUCUCAACGACAUGGGCGUAAUCAAGUUCGUCGACUUUGGUGCUGCGAAAGUCAUAGCCAAACAAGGCAAGACUGUCGUAGCCGAUGGUCCAGAUGGUCGAGGGAACAAGGGCAGUAUGCAGGGAACGCCAAUGUACAUGUCCCCCGAAGUCAUCAAGGGUCAGAAACCACGCAAUACUCGUCUCGGCGCAGAAGACAUCUGGUCCCUCGGCUGUGUGAUCAGCGAAAUGGCUACUGGAUCUCGUCCCUGGGCGGAUAUGGAUAAUGAAUGGGCGAUCAUGUACAACAUUGCUCAAGGCCACUCGCCGCAGAUGCCUACCCGCGAACAAAUGAGCGAAGUUGGUCUGGAUUUCUUACGCCGAUGUUUUGAGCGGGACAGUGCCCGUCGAGCUUCGGCGGCUGAGUUGUUGCAGCAUGAGUGGAUUUUGAGUAUUCGCAGUCAGCUGGAUUUGGAGACGACGGGGACGCCACAGACACCCGCUAGUGAGUCGGGGUAUGGGAGUGGAAGUGGGAGCGGUUAUAACAGUGCUGCUGGGUCGGCGCAUCCGAGUCGGCAUAAUAGUGAUUGGAGGGAUGAAGAGGGGCAAUGA